AUGGAGCAAGAUGCAGAAGCAGAAUUCAGUCUAUCAAACUUGAUUAUCCAUUCUAAUUCUGAAGACCCUAAAUCUCCUAAUGCAAUAUUAAAACCUCAAAAACAAAUAACUGCUAUUGACUUUAUUCCUAAAGCAAAUUUUGAAUUGAUGUGAGAUAAAAACAAUUGAAAUGGGAAAUAUUUAAUUCAUGCAGAAAGCUAUUGAAAGCUGACUUGAGAUAUUUUUAUUUUAUUUAGCCUAAUUUUGCAAGGAAUUUAUGUUCCUUUUGCGAUCAGCUUUGAUGUUGCAUCAGCAGGGUUUUUAAUUUAUUACGAUUUUAUUGUUUCCUUAGCUUUUAUUGUUGAUAUUAUUUUUAAUUUCAACACAGGAUUUUUCAAAAGAGGCAUAUUAAUUAUGAAUAGGAAACUGAUUGCUUGAAACUACCUUAAAACUUGAUUUAUAUUGGAUAUUCUGUCAAGUUUUCCUUAUUCUUGAAUUAUUCAAGGUGGAAUAUUUCAAAAUGAUACCGUCAACAAUACUCUUAGUGCAACAAGACUGCUAAGGACAUUCCGAAUACCGAGGUUCAUUAAAAUACUUAGAUUAAUAAAAUUUGCAAAAAUCAAGCUUUUUUUAGUGAAAAUUGAGGAUAACAUCUUCAAUGACUAUUUGAUCCAAGUUUUUCAUUUUUUUCGAUUCAUUAUAGUCAUAUUUACAAUUGCACAUUGGCUAGCUUGCCUUUGGCAUUAUACUGGAGUGUCUCAAGGGUUAUCUGCUUCCAAUACAUGAGUUAAUCUUUAUGAAGAAAAAGAUGUAAAAACUCCAACAAAGGGCGAAAUGUAUGUAACAAGCUUAUAUUGAGCCAUAACAACACUACUUACUAUUGGAUACGGAGAUAUUCAUGCUCAAACAACUCCAGAAAAAAUCGUUGCAAUGAUAUCUAUGGUUUUUGCUUCUGCUUUUUAUGGCUUUGCUUUAGGAAGUAUACAUGAAUUUGUUGAGAGAACUACUCUUAAGGAAAGGAAGCAUAGGGAAUCAAUUAUUGCAAUGACAAAUCAUAUGAGGAGGAAAAGAAUUCCUAAAGAAUUGCAAUUUAAAGUCAGAAAUUAUUUAGAGUACGUUUAUGAAAAUCAAAAAAAUAUAAACAUAAGAGAAGAUGAAAUUCUUAAUCUCCUUACCCCGUCUUCAUUUAUUAACAAACACAUUUUUGAUCUUAUUAAUUAGGUCUAAACUAUAAAAAAAUUUUAAUUUUAAAUUAUUUCAAAAAUUUUAUUUUUUAUUAAAUGCCUCAGAUUUAUUAAUUUUAAACAAAAUAAUCAAAGGAUUAUAUCAAUUAUUUUAAUUUAAACGUUGAAACAUUAGAAAUGCUAGUUGAGAUAUGCUUAUAAAAAUUUUUUUAGUUUGCUAUUGAAUGGGGUGGAGUUAGUGAGCCAUUAAAAGAUGAAAUAACUGCAUACAUACACUAUCCUGCAAUUAAAAGCUGCCCAAUUUUUAUGAAAUACCUGAGCCUAGAAGCUCUAUCAAUAGUACUAAAAAAUCUAAGAGAAGAAACCUAUGCACCUGACGAUGAAAUAUUUUCUGAAGGAGAAAAGAAUAGAACCAUAUAUAUCAUUAUAGAAGGCUCUAUUUUUAUUUAUUACAAACAAUUUAAAACUCAUUUAGCAGAUCUUCGUAAGGGGGAUUAUUUUGGAGAAAUUGGAUUUUUUGCAGGUCAUCCUCGCACUGCCAGUGCUCAUUGCGCUGGCUUUGCUGAUCUUCUAUCCUUGAAAUUUGAAGAUGCUUAUAACUCACUUUAUAAAGAUACAAAAUCUCAAGAAGUGCUGAUGCUAAUUCAGUCAGCUUGCAGACGUGAAGACUAUUCAGAAAUUGGGGUAUCAUGCUAUAUAUGCCAGAACACAGGCCAUGUUGCCACCAAGUGUAGUUUUCUUAGCCCUCAUAAUGACCAAGCUAAAAAGCAAUGACUUGCCAAAAACUUUAAAGGAUUGAAAAAAAUCAAUCCACAUGAUCCAAGUAUGCCAAAGCUUUGUCGUAAGUCCAGGGUUGUUAAAAGAAGGAUUGAAGCAAACAAUAUUCUGGGUAUUAAGAGAACCCCAGAAGAAAUGUAUAAAAAUGAUGAUGUUCUUACACAUAUUUAUUGAGAAAAUUAUUUUUAAAGUGAUUUUAAAAAAGCAUAAUAUAAAAGUAUGUCAUCAAAAAAAACAUUAAAAAAUAUUUUAGGAAACCAUAUUUUUUUAAUUAUUAAAAUUAAAACUAAAUGAGAAAAUAAAAAUAAGUUUUUGCUUCAAACUUAAUUAUUGAUAACUAUUUAAGAGGAAGAUUAGACGUAAAGUCUCGCACUACCUAAAUAUUUCGAAACCCCCUAUUAGUGUUUCCACAACUCUAUCAGAGGCAAGUCUAAAACAAGAUACCGUUUUUGAAAUUCCAACUCUCUAUCGAUAUUCAAUGAUUCUUCCAGAUACACUGAGUGACGAAGAUGAAGACAAAAAGGAAGAAUAA